AUGGGAAAUCAUCACUCUAAAAGUACAGAGCAUGUGUGUCCGGUUCAUUCUUUGGCGCAAGAUGCCAGCACCCCCCUCUUCGGCGACACCACCUUUUACGAGUUCGACAAGAUCCUCUCUGGCAGCUGCUUCGCCUUUUCGACUGCCGUGGUCCUAAUCCACAUGGUGUUGCAUGCGACACAUUACAGCGUGCCCACAGAGCAGAUCAAGAUAUUACGCAUUAGCAUGUUGAUACCGACGUACUCUCUCUUCUCCUUCUUAAGCAUCACUUACCCGACGGCGCAUGUCUACCUGCAGCCCUGGCUCGAGGUCUUCCAGGCCAACUCCCUCGCCGCCUUCUUCCUGCUCAUGUCCGAGUUCAUUUCGGAUAGCCACGAGCAGCGCGACAUCUUUCUCGCAACGCUCGAGAUCCGCGACAAGAAAAGCCCCAAUGGAGUGUUGCAUGGCAUUGUGUGGUUCAGGAAACUCUGGGUUAUGUUAUUCCAGUACCCUGUCGUCGCAUUGGUUGUCGCCGUCUUGACGGAUAUCACGGAAGCGGCCGGCGUGUUUUGCCUGUUCGAGACCAAGCCAUACUUCGCCAAGCUCUGGCUCACCAUCUUGGUCAAAGUCUCUCUCACUUUCGCUGUCAUGGCGGUUUUGUCCUUCUACAUCCAGGUCCUCAGAAAGUACCUCGCCCACCACAAGCCAAUGCUGAAACUGGUGGCAUUCAAGCUUGUUGUCGGGCUCGGCUUUGUUCAGUCGAUCAUAUUCUGGAUCCUACGAGACACGGGCUCGCUGAAUCCCACUUCGCAACUGACCUACGCCGAUCUCGAGAUGGGUCUCCCAAGCAUGCUGCUUUGCAUCGAAAUGGUCCCUAUAUCCCUGCUUUUAGUGUAUGCAUACAACGCUGGCCCGUAUUUCAUUCGGCGGCCGCGCAAUGAUGAUUCUGCGAGAGAGGAGCUGCAGCAGGCCGGAGUGCUCAGGACGUAUCAGGGUGGCUUCUUGGGAUGGAAGGCUCUCGUGGCAAUUCUGGACCCCAAAGAAACUCUUCAAGCAAUUUUGUUUGCCGUCAAGCUGCUGAUAAAUAAGACGGACCAGGCUCCAGUGCCGUUGGCGAACCACAAUCCCGGCGGAAGUCAGCAGAAUUCUUACCGCUUGUAA